GGCUGCGUCUCAUGUGAACAGGAUCACUAUGAUGACUCAAGUUGUCAUCACAUUUGUAGCCUCGGCUCUGUGGCUUCAAGGUCACUGCCAGGAUGUGACCCAACACCCUGAAAUCAGCUGGAGUUCUGUUUCCAAAUCUGCAGAGAUGAACUGCAGCCACAACAAAGAUGUCUCUCACACACAGAUGUACUGGUACAGGCAGCGUCCAGGGGACCUGACCCGCAUAGUCUACACAGUUUUUGGUGGACAGCCAGACUAUGGAGAGCUCCCUAAAAGUAAAUAUUCAGCUGCCAAAGACAACAUAGAGAGCGGGGCUCUGACUGUGAAAGACUUGCAGCCUGAGGACAGCGGUGUGUAUUUCUGUGCCGUCAGCAAACACAGUGAUACUACAGAAGCUUAUUUUGGUGGAGGAACAAAGUUAACAGUUUUAGAACCAGACUGCGAAAUCACAAAACCAACAGUUCAAGUUCUUCCUCCGGCAGCAAAAGAGUGUCGAGACCAGAAAGACAAUGCAAGGAAGAAGACCAUUGUUUGUGUGGCCACUGGAUUCUACCCAGACCAUGUCCAAGUGUCCUGGCAGAUCAACGGGAACAGCGUCACCAAUGGUGUGGCGACUGAUGAAGCUGCCCUGCGAGAGGACAAGUUUUACAAAAUCACCAGCAGGCUGAGGGUCCUUGCCAAAGAAUGGUACAAACCAGACACUAAAUUCACAUGUACCGUCAGCUUCUUCGAUGGGACAGAAACUACAUCUCAUUCAGAUUCAAUUAAUGGAGAAGAAGCUAAAGGAGAAGCAGCCCUGACAAAAGAGAAAUAUCUGAGGAUCACGCAGACGGCCAAAUUCUCCUACAGUGUUUUCAUCAUCAAGAGCAUCACCUACGGAGCCUUUGUGGGGUUUCUGGUGUGGAAACUUCAGAGUUCAGCUGGAAAACAGAACAAAAGCUGA